AUGAAAGACAGUAACAAGAAUUUUGAGGGCGAUUUGGCAUUCUUCAAUAAUUGGGAGCUCUUCUGGUCUUCAGACGAUACCCAGCUGGAGCAAUUGACAACUACUGGGCCUUUCGCGGGUAUACUUUCCUCUUUCACCACCGGCAUUCGUCUGCGUACACGUUACCAGCAUCUUCUGGAGCAAGCUGAUUUCACCCCUUCCAGCAAGCCUACCACAUUCUGGGCUAGCGACUCCAAUCGUGUUAUCGAGACAGCUAAGCACUUCGCCGCAGGCUUCUUCGGCAUCGACUAUAACACUAGCAAUACAGCUACCCUUCAGGUCAUAUCCGAACACUCUUCGAUUGGUGCAGAUACGUUGACGCCUGGACGAACAUGCCUGGCCAACAAGAAAGACAAAGCUGAAGGCCAACAGAAGGGCUAUCGUCUGAUGCACGAGUACCGGGCCACAUACAUGCCGCCCAUUCGCGAGCGACUACUCAGUCAGACAGGCAUGAACUUUGACGACCAUGAGAUCUACGCUAUGCAGGAGAUGUGUGGUUUCGAGACGACAGUACGCGGUCGCAGCGACUGGUGUGAUGUCUUCACUCGCGACGAGUUCCUCAGCUUUGAAUAUGCGCGAGACAUCCUGCAUUAUUAUCGCGCAGGCCCAGGUCAAAGGUAUGCCACCAGUAUGGGGUGGCUGUGGCUGAAUGCUACGACGAAUCUGCUACUUGAGGGCCCAAGCGCUGGCCCAUUGUUCUUCAGCUUUGUCCACGACGGUGACAUAGCGCCGCUCAUGACUGCGCUCGAUGUCAUCAAUGACCGUGAACACCUUCCCAUCACUCACAUCGCCCACGACCGCAAAUGGCGGAAGUCUCAGGUGUCGCCGAUGGGCGGCCGUAUUAUUUUCGAACUGUUAUCCUGCAAGACCAAACGCGAAUCAUCACCUGAGAAGUUCGUCAGACUCAACAUCAACGACGGCAUUACCGCUAUAUCGGGCUGCGAUAGUGGCCCUGGGAAGAGUUGUCCACUGGCAGAUUUCGCCGAGAGAACCAAAAAGAAGGGAGAGGAAGCUGGGAACUUCAACGAGUUGUGUGGGCUGGACGAUGAUGCUGCGGAAUACAUCACUUUCUUGCAUCAAUGA